CAUUAUCAGACCCUGUGGAUGUGAGGACAGCAUCUGAAUAUCUCGGCCUGCUUGGAUCUGUACUCAACAGAAUCCAGAGUGAGUCCAGCAGCCACAGGGGAGAUCUGCUGGAUUUCAGGACAAUAGAGGAAUGGAGGAGGACCAGGACCCGGAGCAGCAGACCAACCAGGUCCCUAGAGGACCAGCAGCAGGCCCGUCCUCUGGUACCAGCCAUGUUCAGAAACGGAGAAGAGGGGGAACCAAACGUCACCACUGUCAGCACUGUGACAAAUCCUUCACAACAUCAAAAUAUUUAAAGAUUCAUCAGAGAGUUCACACUGGAGAUAAUCUACACAGCUGUGAUCAAUGUGGGGCAGCUUUCACACAACAGAGUACCCUAAAAAGACAUCAACUUAUGCACACAGGAGAGAAGCCGUACAGCUGUGAUCAAUGUGGGGCAGCUUUCACAUUACAGAGUAACCUAAAGAUGCAUCAACGUAUUCACACUGGAGAGAAGCCAUACAGCUGUGAUCAAUGUGGGGCAGCUUUCACACGACAGAGUCACCUUAAAACACAUCAACGCAUUCACACUGGAGAGAAGCCGUACAGCUGUGAUCAAUGUGGGAAAAGGUUUUCUGAGAAUGGUACCCUUGAAAUCCACCGGCGUGUUCACACUGGAGAGAAGCCGUACUGGUGUGAUCAAUGUGGGAAAAGGUUUUCUCACAGUAAUAGCCUUAAAUAUCACCAGAGCAUUCACUCUGCCUCGUUAUGA